AUGGCUUCCGACGGCGAGUCCCUGGAGGAGACCUUGGCCUUCCUAGACGAAGCCCUGCGAGAAUCGGACGCUAUCCUGAGUGACGACGAUCAAAACCCAUUAGAUACCCACCUCUUCGCGACCUUGGGAGGCGAUAUUGACCAAGAUCUGGGCCUUUUCACUGCGAACGAGACAGCAGGCCCGCAACAAGCGUCCAAGCCACAGCCGACACCAAGGAAGAGGAAGAAGAACUACAACCAGAACAGGGCUCGUAAAGAGCGCCAUGCUGAGUUGGUGAAACUGAGGGAAGAGGUACAAGACCUUGAGUUUACGCUGAAGAGACUGCAGACGAUUCGAGGAGGACGCAGCUCGUGGGGUACAGCUUCCUCGGAGAAGGAGAUGGAGGCGGGUACAGGAACGGUGUGGAAGGACGCAGUGUGUGUUCGCCAACUUGACCGGAGACUGCGAGCCGAGCGGGAAAAUGCCCAGCUGAAGGAGAGUUGCGAGAGGGAGAUGCAGGUAGUCAAGAGUCUCAAGCGACUGCUCUACCGACAGACCCCGCCGUCAGAUUUGAUAUACCUGGAAGGAACUACUCAUACACGACGCAUCGAGAUUCCUACUGGGCGUAUGAAGCACAUGGCGGCGCUGAUUUUCGAGCAGCUCUCUUCCGGUGUUGAGCAUUCUUACAACGAGGCGGAGAUUGUGGUGGAGAUGAAUAGUCCUGUCUCCAUGGACGCCAUGACUCCAAAGCCGCUGCUGCGUGAUAUUAUGGACGGCACGCGCUUGGAGGUGUUCGACCACCAUAUUCUGCCCUUCGACAUGCGCACCGCUGGUGACGCCUGGUGGAAGCAUUGGCACAACUACAGAGGGCGACGCGUUGAUGAGGGUUUCGUCACGGAGAGCUUUGGGUUGGAGUUCAAUGACACCAACGCCGACACCACCGCUACCUUUUACGUCCAGCAAAUUUUACGGCGACACAUUGAGGACGAUCGCACAGUGAUCGUCUGGAACGCGUACGUCGAGCCGUUCAUGUUCGAAAACGAGCGCGGGACACGCAUGACCGGCAUCUACUUUCUCGAGCGAAGCCACGUGAUUAUCAAGCCUGGACUUGUUGACUGCUAUGGUGGUGAAGCUGCGUCGACGCGGAUGUCAACUUGUGAGAUCGUCACGCCCCACUUUCUAGACCCAAGUCUGAAAGAUGACCCCAGGAUGGCUGCGUUGAGGAAUUUUGUGGCGAGCUCGCUGUCCUCCAACAUCAUGAGGCGCAAUGAGAAGGUCGAGGAUCUGCUACUUGAUCAAUCAUUACAGCGACACACUUAG